CAGAGUCUGUGAGCAGCACAAGAGAGAGAGUAAAAAUGGGGAGUUUACAUGUUUUAGCUAUACCUUACGCAGCACAAGGCCAUGUAAUUCCCCUCAUGGAGCUCUCACAAAACUUGGUCAUGCAUGGCUUCAAAGUCACAUUUGUAAACACAGACUUCUCUCAAGAGCGGAUUGUGAAAUCUUUCGCAGGAAAGGAUGAUGUAAGGGAUCAGAUCCGUCUGGUUUCAAUCCCCGAUGGGUUAGAAGCCUGGGAGGAUAGGAAUGACUUGGGGAAGGCAUGUGAAGGAAUUCUUCGGGUCAUGCCUAAGAAGCUGGAAGAGCUCAUACAGGAAAUCAAUCGUACGGACGACCAUGAGAUCGCUUGUGUCAUUGCAGAUGGGCAUAUGGGUUGGGCUCUGGAAGUGGCAGAGAAAUUGGGAAUCAAGAGAGCGGCCUUCUGGCCAUCAGCAGCUGCAAUGAUGGUCUUGACGUUUCGCAUGCAAAACCUGAUCGAUGAUGGGAUAGUAGAUGAUGAUGGAACUCCAAUAAAAAGCCAGAAGUUUCACUUGUCGCCAAACAUGCCCCCAAUCAACACAGCGAACCUCCCAUGGACCAGCAUCGGUGACUUGGCCGCACAAACACUCGUAUUCAAGUAUCUGCUAAGAAACAACAAAUCCAUCACUGUCGCAGAUUGGCUCAUUUGCAACUCCACCUAUGACCUUGAGCCUGAUGCAUUUUCCUUAGCUCAGACUCUGCUACCAGUAGGCCCACUUUUGGCAAGCAAUCGGCAGGCAAACUCCGCAGGACACUUCUGGCCAGAGAACUCGACUUGCCUUGAAUGGCUGGAUCAACAGCCUGCCUGCUCAGUCAUCUAUGUCGCAUUUGGAAGCUUCACAGUUUUUGACAAAGCCCAGUUCCGAGAAUUGGCUUUAGGACUUGAGCUCUGCAACAGGCCAUUCCUAUGGGUCGUGAGGCCAGAUAUCACCACUGGGGCAAAUGAUGCCUACCCCGAGGGGUUUCAAGAGAGGGUCUCCACUCGUGGGCUGAUGGUGGGCUGGGCACCGCAGCAGAAGGUUCUGAGCCAUCCUUCUGUUGCUUGCUUCUUAAGCCACUGUGGCUGGAACUCUACCAUGGAAGGAGUAAGCAAUGGGGUCCCCUUCCUCUGCUGGCCUUACUUUGGUGAUCAGAUCCUUAACAAGGGAUACAUCUGUGAUGUUUGGAGGGUGGGACUGGGGCUUAACCCAGAUGAAAGAGGUGUCAUACUAGGGGAAGAAAUUAAAAAUAAGGUGGAUCAGCUGCUCAUGGAUGAAAAAUUCAAAGCCAGGGUUAUGGAGCUUAAGGAAAUGACAGCCCAUAAUGUUAAAGAAGGUGGCAAGUCUCACAACAACCUGAAGAAUUUCAUUGAAUGGAUCAAGUCAUAGACAAAUAAUUCAAGCUUUUCUCAAGAUGUUGUUCGGUUAAAAGCUUUGGAUUGUCAUAAUAAAAUCCAAACAUCAUAUCCACUUUCCAACUCCAACUUCACCACCCUGUUCCUCUGUCAUCACUCAUCAUCAUUAUCCAUCAUUUUUUUCCUUUUAAGACGUAUCUCUUAUGAAUAGAUUCAAAUCUGUGCUUGAUGAUGGA